AUGUUAGCUGUGCUCAAGGCUGGUGCCGCCUUUGUGGCUCUAGAUUGCGAGCACCCGCAGGAACGCCAGCGAGAAAUGGUGUCACAAACAGCAGCCCCUAUUAUUCUCACUUCUCGGCAAAACCAACGUAUGUGGGAAGACCUCCCACACUUGGUCGUGGACCAGGAUAUCCUAGAUGAUUUAUCAGUCCCAAGAAAGCUGGUCGAUACAGUCUCCCCGGAUAACCUACCCUAUGUAGUCUUCACAUCCGGAUCUACCGGGAAAUCUAAAGGGGAUGAUGGAACAUCAAGCCAUCUGUUCCAGCCUUCACCAUCAUUCCUGCCCCUUCCAUGCCAGCGAGCAGACCAGAGCUCUGCAAUUUGCAUCGUACGCGUUUGA